UAUUGGGUUGGAAGGAUGGCAAGCAAUAAAAAUCUUCACCAGAUCAUGGACGGCGAGGGAAUUAAGAGGGGUACACUUCGUUAUUGAAAUAACGGACCAAAGCUAAGAGUAAUUAAAUUUAGAUUUAAGCCUUAUAGGCAAUGAUAUCACGAAAAUUUGACGCAAGACCAGUUACAUGUAGAUGCUUUAAGGAAGAAAAGAUACGACUUCUUCGAAACUUCAGGUUUUUUCCAUUGAAUACAGGAACUGGGCAAGUCUUAAGCUGAGAAAACUAUGGGCUGUACGUCAAAUAAAAUGGCGCUGACGACGAUUUCAGAGGACGAGAAGCGACUGGUCAAAGAUUCGUGGAAUUUAUUUGUUUCUAGAGGAGAUUUCUCAGACACUGGAUCACAUAUGUACAAAGUGCUUCUUCAGGACAAUCCACACCUAAAAACAUUAUUUUCUUUUAUGAAAGUAAAUGGGGCACCUUUUGACAGCCCAAUGUUUAAAAGCCACGUCAGAAAUGUUUUUACCGUGAUCGGGGAUGCUGUUAACCAUAUUGAUGACUUAGAUAGCCUCAAUCCUAUCCUUAAAGACCUGGGAGUGAAACAUCAAGGAUAUGGGGCUAAAAAGGAAUAUCUAGAGCCUGUUGGAAAUGCACUGUUAUGUACAAUUGAAAAGCAUCUAGAGGACGAUUUCACUCAAGAGGUUCACAGUGCAUGGAGAACAUUUUUCGCUGUGAUGAGCUACAGUUUUGCACAAGGACUUGAUGAAGACAACGGAAAAGAUGGCUGAUGUGAUAAUUCAUGUUUCGGAUUUUAAAACUGAAAUCAAGUCUAUUUUCAUUUUUUUUUACAGAUUUAAACUACAUAUAAUUUUCCAUAAACUUUUAUAAAAUCCAUUUUUUUUGGCAAAUACAUUUAUUUGAUGUACGAACUAGAAAAGGUUCACAUUGGGGACCGGGUUAAAAGUGUUUAUUAACACAUUCAGAUCUGCUUUACUUAUUGUCUUAUAGAUAUAGUUAUCAAUUGUAACAUAACUGUCCCUUCAAUGUUGUAUAUAUGAAGUACUUUUUAUUGAUUUUAAUCGGUAUAUGGCUCAUUACUAUUGAUUUUGUAAAGAUGUUACAAUGAGUAAAUCAUUAUUGUUA